UGGGGCGGAAGUAAGGGAGCCCGGGCUCGGCCCCCUUAAAGGGACAGGGACGGCUGUAACCUUCAGGUCGCGCUUGGGGGCGAGAGGCGAAGCCGGCGAGGCCGAGCUCACCAUGGCCAAACGGCUGCAGGCUCGAAGGCUGGACGGGAUCGACCACAACCCCUGGGUGGAGUUCAUCAGGCAGGCCAGUGAUGAUGAUGCUGUGAACUUGGGCCAAGGCUUCCCCGACUUCCCACCCCCAGCCUUCGCCGUGGAAGCCUUUCAGCACGCCGUCAGCGGGGACUUCAUGCUCAACCAGUACACCAAGGCAUUUGGUUACCCACCACUGACAAAGGUCCUGGCCAGUUUCUUUGGGAAGCUGCUGGGACAGGAGUUAGAGCCGCUCAAGAACGUGCUGGUGACCGUGGGUGCCUACGGAGCCCUGUUCACAGCCUUCCAGGCCCUGGUGGAUGAAGGAGACGAGGUCAUCAUCAUCGAGCCCUUUUUCGACUGUUAUGAGCCCAUGACAUUGAUGGCGGGGGGUCGUCCUGUGUUUGUGUCCCUGAAGCCGACCCCCACCCAGGAUGGGGAACUGGAUUCCUGCACCAACUGGCAGCUGGACCCUACGGAGCUGGCCAGCAAAUUCACAUCUCGCACCAAAGCCCUGGUCCUCAACACACCCAGCAACCCCCUAGGAAAGGUGUUCUCCAGGGCGGAACUGGAGCUGGUGGCUAGCCUGUGCCAGCAGCAUGACGUGGUCUGCAUCAGCGACGAAGUCUACCAGUGGCUGGUCUACGAUGGGUACCAGCACAUCAGCAUUGCCAGCCUCCCUGGCAUGUGGGACCGCACCCUGACCAUUGGCAGUGCUGGCAAGGCCUUUAGCGCCACUGGCUGGAAGGUGGGCUGGGUCCUGGGCCCGGACAGUCUCAUGCAGCACCUGCGCACCGUGCACCAGAACUCUGUCUUUCACUGUCCCACGCAGGCCCAGGCCGCAGUAGCCUGGAGUUUCGAGCGGGAGCAGCUGCACUUCGGCCAACCCAGCAGCUACUUUGUGCAGUUCCUUCAGGCCACACAGCGCAGCCGCGACCACAUGAUUAGAAGCCUGCAGUCCGUGGGCCUGAGGCCCAUCGUCCCGCAGGGCAGCUACUUCGUCAUCACAGACAUCUCGGACUUCAAGAGCAAGAUGCCUGACCUGCCUGGUGCUGUGGAUGAGCCCUACGACAGACGCUUCAUCAAGUGGAUGAGCAAGAACAAGGGCUUGGUGGCCAUCCCGGUCUCCAUCUUCUACAGUGAGCCACAUCGCAGGCUCUUUGACCAUUAUAUCCGCUUCUGUUUUGUGAAGGAUGAAUCCACACUCCAGGCCAUGGAUGAGAAGCUACAGAAGUGGAGGGAUGAGCUCAGGCCCUGACGUCGCCACUCGGCCCUGCCCCACCUGGUCCUGCACGCUCUGCAGGGUUCUGUGCUUGUCCGGGUCUUAGCCAUUCCCAGGUUAGGGGUAGAUGGUCCUGGUGGACCCCUUCUGUGUGACACAAAUGUCCCCAGGGAAGAACCCCCCUUCUUGGUCUAAGGGGAGUCAAGAGCACCUCUCCAUGGUGCCUAUAUUCCUGUCACCGAGGUGAGGAGGCCUGACCUGGGCCUCUCCCUUCCCCUUCCCAGGUUGGGUCAGAGGGUCUUGGGUCCCCUCUGGCCUCCCGAGGCUUGAUGGCACUCAGUGGGCAGAGCCCGACAGUGUGUACUGGCCUGGAGUCCCCGCCCUGGCCCCAGCCCUGCACUAGCCCUAGCCAAGGCUCAGGCAUCCCUCCCUUUCCUUAUCUAAUCUUGGCCUUGGAAGUUGCCUUUAGCCUUGAGUCCUCUAGCGAGUACUUUUUGCCCACAAUAAAAUUUUA